AUGUCUGGGAACAGUACCAGCACUAACAGCAACACUCUCAGCCCCUUCGACCUCACUGGGAUCGGCAUGGGGUUCGGUCUCUACAUACCCCGGAGACCCAGCUACACAUUCGCAACCAAAUGCAGCAGACAUCGAAACGAAAGUUAUCGCUACGCCACCAGACGAGACCACGCCGAUUCCACUUCUGAAGUCAGCAAUGGCGAGGAUUUCAUCGAAGGGGUGUUGAGAAGCAAGGCUCGAAAGAUCAGUUACCUUAAAGCAACAAAGCGUCACGAUGAAGUGGAUUCUUCCUCCUCGUCUUCGCCAAAGGUGGGAGUCGUAGUCUGUGACAAUACAGUGACUCCAGCAAAGAUUGAUAUGGAGAAAGGAUUUGGGCAGCCACGUGAAGUAAACGCACACGGGGCACACAAUCAGUGCAGCAAAUACACCCUAGAGGGAAUUCAAUAUUCCAGUGAUGACAACGCCAUAUAUGAAAGCCAAAACUACGUCAACCACAAAUGGGCUGCACAUGGUACUAUGUCAGCAAACUAUUGCCCAUCUCCAAAUGCCAGCAAAUCUCAAACAGAACAGGAGACUCCUGAUUGUCCCUUACACCCAGAGAGUUCAAAAAACAAACACGCAGGCACAAAAACGGGCACAUCAGUCAUGACAAUCAUUUCAUUCAACAAAAAUAUAGUGGUGUUAUGUGUGAGCUUUAUUUUAGUAUUCUCCUCCUACAGAGCAAUUCAAAACUUGCAGUCAUCCAUGCAUUCAGAAGGACAUCUUGGAAUUCUGACCAUGAUGGUUGUCCAUAUUUCUUUAAUCGUCGCGUGCCUCCUAGCUCCUAUUAUAAUCAAUAUCUUUAAAGCCAAAUGGGCCCUAUGCAUUGGUAUCCUUUGUUUCCUUAUAUGGUUCGGCGCCAACUUCCACCCGACAUUUUACACGCUUAUACCAACCUCAUUAUUCGUGGGUUUUGGACAAGGAAUUUUAUGGAAUGCCGAAAGCUCCUAUAUUCUUAAACUAGCAUUUGACUCAGCGAAAGCCACCAAGGGUCAUUUAGAUCAGGAAAUGUUUAGAUUCCACGGAAUAUUCCUCGCGUGCUUCCAGACAACUCAUAUAUGGGGGAAUCUGAUUUCCUCUCUACUUCUAUCCCAGCGGGCUAAUGAAAUUGCCACGGCCAACAAUGCUUCUUUCUCACAAACUCUUGUGUUGGGAACUGACUACUACAGUUCCGAGGACUUGUCUAACUUCUCCAGCGAUGUCCCAGGGGUGGGACCGCAAGUGCUGGCCCCUGUGUUGUGGAAGCUCAUGACCUCCUACAUGGUUCUGGGCGUGGUCUCCUUUGGCAUCAUUGCCAUCUUCUUGGACAAGAUCGGAGCCCGGGCUGAUCCAGACAAGAGCCCCACCGAGAUAGUUCUACAGCAUCUGAGGCAGCUGGUCAAACACAAAACGCUGAAGCUUCUAGUUCCACUUCUCCUCUUUAAUGGAAUGCAGCAAGGGUUUAUUUACUCUGACUACAAUCAGUACUUUGUAACGUGCACCCUGGGAAUCGACUACGUGGGCUACUGUAUGAUCACUCUAGGUGUCUCCAAUGUGCUGGGUGCCAUCUUUGUGGCUGUGUUCUCCCACAAGAUACCCAGGGAGGUGGUCCUUGGCUUCGGCGGCAUUGUUCACAUCGCUUUGAUGAUUGGCUACUUGAUCUGGAUUCCAGAAAACAAGACUGUCCUCUUCUUCGUUCUCGCCGCAGCUUGGGGUGUUUGUGAUUCCGUCUGGCAGACUCAGUGCAAGACUUUGAUCUGCCUAACCUGCACGGAUGCCCCAGAGAUCGCCUUCACCAACUACCGCUUGGUGCAGAGCAUCGGCCUGGCAGUGAUGUUUGGCAGUGGCACCUGGAUGUGCGUCUCCGCCAAAUUGUACCUCCUGAUGACCCUCCUGGUUGUCGCUAUUAUGUUUUACGUGCUCGCAGAGUAUCGACUUCGGCACGAUGAUGAUGAUGUUUUCGAAGACCCUUGA